CACUCCCGUACUAAGGUCUCUCAUAAGGGAUGUGGCUCUUGACGACACACAUAACAAUCGCGAGGCGAUAGUUACUCUCCGAAGGCAAAGGGCGUCAGAACUAUUAGCAACAAAUCAACGUCAACAAGAUGAACGUGUUAACUCGACGCGGCGCGAACCACCUACUUAUGCUGUAGGAGACUUUGUUUUUGUGGGUAAAAGUUCACAAAGUUCUGGCAAACUGGAUUCCGGCAUGCGAGGCCCUUACAAAGUAGUUCGGGACCUCCCACAUCAUCGCUAUGAGUUGGAGCUCAUGGCGGGUUCAUAUGGCAAGCGAACUCAAGCGGCGGCUGAGCAUAUGGUUCAGUGGCGCGGGGAGUGGACGCCGGAAACGUGUGCAGCCUUCUUCGAGGGUGAGUCUGAUGAUUCUACCGAUGACCUGGGAGGCCAAGAGGAUGGUGGCGAAGGACCCUCUCAAGAAGCAGAGGAUGGUGGCGAAGGACCCUCUCAAGAAGCAGAGGAUGGUGGCGAAGGACCUUCUCAAGAAGCGGUCGGGGACGCCUCGCGGUCAGGAGAGGCCGUAUUACAAAUAACUGAAGAAGAGGCGGGGCCUAGCAGCCCGUACUGGUGACGUCAGCGGUGGCGUGAUCGUGGCGCGCCGGAGCAGGUUGCUGCCUGUUGCUACGGACGGAGCUCACUUUUCCUUCGGCGCUCGAGAGUGGUGGACGUGUCUUAGGUUGUUAGGAGAUCGUAAUUUUGUAAUUUUAAAAUAACGUUUGGAAUAUAAGUUUUUGUUAGAUUUCUUGUUUUCUUUUC